AAAACCCUGCCAUCCCUUGUCUUCUCUCUCAGAAAAAAGGGCAUUUAAAAAGCCCAACACGGCAACACCUCUCACUCCCCCCACCACCACCAUUCUCUCUCAAAAUCCUGCGAGAGAGAAACAGAGAAACAGAGACAGAGUUAUGAAGCUUGUUUGGUCCCCAGAAACAGCGUCAAAAGCUUAUAUAGACACCGUCAAAUCAUGUCGGAGUUUCAAAGAACAUUCCGGGGUGGAGGAGCUGCUGUCGGCGAUGGCCGCCGGCUGGAAUGCGAAGCUGAUCGUCCAAGCGUGGCUCCGCGGGGAGCCAAUCCCGACGAGCAUCGGCCUCGCCAUAGCCGCCCGCCACGCUUGCGGACGCCACGUGUGCAUAGUCCCGGACGAGCAGUCGAGACAGGAGUACGUCGAGGCCGUACGGGCGUACGCCGACGGGUCUCCGGCGACGGAGGUGGUGGUGGGAGAGGCUGAGGCGGCGAUGGAGGGGCUGGUGGGGGUGGAUUUUCUGGUGGUGGAUUGCGAGCGCGGAGACUUCGCGAGGGUUUUGAGGGUUGCUAGGCUGAGCCCGAGAGGUGCGGUUUUGGCAUGCAAAAACGCGUGCAAAGGAAACGUUUCGGGGUUUGGAUGGCAUGGGGCGCUUGAGAGUGGGACACGUGUGGUGAGGACCGUGCUUUUGCCGAUGGGGAAGGGAUCCGGGUUGGAUAUUGCCCAUAUAGGGAGCAAAGGUACCGGGCCUCCGGUCUCCAGGAAGGGUCCUAGCCGUUGGAUCAAGCACAUCGAUGCGCGCUCCGGUGAGGAGCAUUUGUUCCGGUGGUGAUUUCUUUUAUAUAUAUAUAAAUUACAAUAAAUAACAUAAAGUUCAUCCUUUUCCAUGGCUGAAAUACGAGAUGGGCUGCAACUGCAAGAAUAAUGUUACCUCGGGCUAGUGGGUGAGAAGCAGAGGUAAAACAUAUGUAUUUACCUAUGUAUUUGUAUAUAUAUAUAUAUAUAUAUAUAUAUGAACAUUAAUGUAUAGAUUUCUCAAUUUUGUAACUGCCAUUAUGACUAUAUGCCGAAUUAGGAUCCGAUUUGAACCGACUAAUAUCGAGUUAGUUAUGUUGAAAUA